AUGAUUCAAGGAAGGAAAGCGCACAAGAAAUCAAGACAUGGCUGCAUCGAGUGCAAACGUCGUCACGUUAAGUGCGAUGAAACGCGCCCGAAAUGUGUCAACUGUAAUGUGUCACGGCGUCGCUGUUCAUAUGAGGAUCUGGUAUCGAAAGCGCAUGCCCUAGUACAACCGUCCCGAUUCAAGCCAAAGCGCACUGUUCAAAAGAAUGACAUUACUCAGCAAUCUUCAAAUGUUGCUGAUGCCCGUGUCAUACAUGACAGCCCCCCGGUUAAUAAGCUGCAUCUAGAAUUAUUUCAUCACUUCCUUCACGAUAUUCUGAAGUUUCUUGAUCUCGACGAGUUCUCUACUGAGGGCUCUAUUGACAUGACUUCAUACAUAUUAACAGCGCCAUUUCUCAUGAAUCAAAUUCUUGCGUUCUCCGCAUUACACCUCAGCAUUCUUCGCCCAGAGAGGCAGGAGUUCUACCAGUAUCAUUCGUGCCAACUCCAAACACACGCUCUUUCUGAAUUCAAUGACGCCAAACUGGACCUAUCCGCCGACACUUGCAUUCCGAUGUUUCUAUUCUCGUCAUGUCUUGCAAUGCACGUUCUCGCUGAAAAGCUGUUGUUUCGCCCAGAUAACUUCCAAGCUUUUCUCGAUAAUUUCAUCCAGUCGUUAAGGAUGCAUCAUGGCGUACGUGCGGUUACUAGUCAGUCGUGGCAUAUGCUUUUGCAGUCACCGCUCAAGUCACUGCUUGAAAGUGAAGGAAUGUUGCUAGAUCAAAGUACUUCGGAUGAUGAGUGUGUCGAGCUCCUCGCUCAUGUGGAUACAAUCUGUGACCCAACGAUCGGCUCUAUCUACCGACGGACAAUCGAGCACUUACAAAAAGCUUAUAAUGCGAGUCGCUCCCCGUCAUCCAACUUUUCCAGAGUUGGCCCAAUCUUUUCCUGGCCAGUCAUUAUUCCUUCAGAGUACAUAGAUCUGCUCUCAGAACGUCGACCAGAAGCACUUGCCAUUCUAUCUCACUUUGGAGCUCUUCUACACAUGCACAGUGAGAUGUGGACUUUUGGUGAUAGUGGGAUUUAUCUCAUAUCUUCUAUCAACCAUUAUUUAGGGCCAGAGUGGGAGAGUUGGCUGCGCUGGCCGAAUAAAUUUAUUCAAGAGUGA